CUUGAGAGAUCUUUUACAGUUGAAAAAAGCUUCUCUCUUCACAUGGAUUUAGUGUCUUCAAGAGAUACUUUAGGAGAUCCUUCAACUUCAACAAAAGCCCUUCUUCUUGGUCUCUCUCGUUCUCGGUCUGAUCAUUGCAUCAUCAUGUCUGGAGAAUCAAGCUCUGGUUCUACCGAUCAUUGCAUCAAAGUUGUACCGACACACGGUGGCCGCUAUGUUCAGUACAACGUUUAUGGACAACUCUUUGAAGUUUCCCGAAAGUAUGUCCCUCCUAUUCGUCCCAUUGGUAGAGGCGCUUGCGGUAUUGUCUGUGCUGCGGUGAACUCAGUGACUGGAGAGAAAGUGGCUAUUAAGAAGAUCGGUAAUGCUUUUGAUAACAUCAUUGAUGCUAAGAGAACUUUACGUGAAAUUAAACUUCUCAGGCAUAUGGAUCAUGAGAACGUUAUAACCAUCAAAGAUAUUGUAAGACCUCCGCAACGAGAUAUCUUCAACGAUGUCUACAUUGUCUAUGAGUUAAUGGACACUGAUCUUCAAAGAAUCCUCCGUUCUAACCAAACACUGACCAGUGAUCAAUGCCGCUUCCUAGUAUACCAGCUCUUAAGAGGGCUCAAAUACGUGCACUCGGCCAACAUAUUACAUCAGUACACCGCAGCUAUUGAUAUUUGGUCUGUUGGUUGCAUACUCGGCGAAAUCAUGACAGGACAGCCGUUGUUUCCAGGCAAAGAUUAUGUUCAUCAGCUUAGGCUUAUAACAGAGCUUGUAGGCUCUCCAGACAAUUCCAGCCUCGGCUUCCUUCGCAGUGACAACGCAAGAAGGUACGUCAGGCAACUUCCGCGAUACCCGAAACAGCAGUUUGCUGCUAGAUUCCCGAAAAUGCCCUCUACCGCUAUCGAUUUGCUGGAGAGAAUGCUCGUCUUUGAUCCUAACCGGCGCAUCUCAGUCGAUGAAGCCCUUGGCCAUGCUUACCUAUCACCGCACCACGAUGUGAGCAAAGAACCGGUUUGUUCGACUCCUUUCAGCUUUGAUUUCGAGCAUCCUUCUUGCACAGAAGAACACAUAAAGGAGCUUAUCUACAAGGAGUCUGUCAAAUUCAAUCCUGACCAUUGAGAGAGAAACAUGUUUGAAUGAUUUGAUUCCUUUCUAUAAGUCUGCUCUGUUUGAUCUCAGAUUCCUUUAUAUUGAAUCUAAACUCAUUUUAUCUUGAUUGAAUAAUUGCUAUGAUGAUACACACAUAUUUAUCUAUAUCGUAAGCCCCUGCAGAGCUUAACUUUCUUUAAAUCAAAUUUCUUAAACUAU